UCUGCCACCGGCACCCCUUGCGCUCAAAAGAAGAACACCCUGCGCUCCUGCCUCGGUGGUUUCUGAUCGAGAUUCCUAAUCAAUAGGGCGACGAGCUCUUCGCAUGACCUGGUACUACUACGAUAUUUUCUCAUAUGCCCAGUCUUCUUACAGAUAGAAGCGAUUGAGCUAGCACCAUUGCAAGCCAAAGCCACCAAGCACAUCCCGUAAGUGCGAGGCAACGACGCGGCUAGUCGAAGCCGGCCCGGAGGUCUGCGAGAGUGGGCGGAGCAAUGGCGUUGGUAGGACAACCACAGCUUCUCCUCUGCUGCCUCUUCCUGGUGAGCGCAUGGGCGCUGGCCGCCGUCGCUCAGGCGAAGACGGUGCACGAGAAGUGGGACAUCAGCGACCAGUUCGCAUACCCUGACUGCGUCCGCAAGCUCGCCGUCACCAUCAACGGCCACACCCCUGGCCCAACCAUCCGCGCCGUGCAGGGCGACACGGUGGUGGUCACCGUGAAGAACUCCCUGCUGACGGAAAACGUGGCCAUCCACUGGCACGGCAUCCGGCAGAUCGGCACGCCGUGGGCGGACGGCACGGAGGGGGUCACCCAGUGCCCCAUCCUCCCCGGCGACACCUUCGUCUACACGUUCGUCGUCGACCGCCCGGGAACCUAUAUGUACCACGCGCACUACGGCAUGCAGCGCUCCGCGGGGCUGAACGGCAUGAUCAUCGUGUCCGUGCCUCCCGGCGCCGGCCCCGACGUCGCCGAGCCGUUCGCCUACGACGGCGAGCACGAGGUGCUCCUGAACGACUGGUGGCACAAGAGCACCUACGAGCAGGCCGCGGGGCUCGCCGCCGUGCCGAUCGUGUGGGUCGGCGAGCCGCAGUCGCUGCUGAUCAACGGCCGCGGCAUGUUCGUCAACUGCUCGGCGCUGGGGCCGGCGUCCUGCAACGCGACGCACCCGGAGUGCUCCACGCCGGUGUUCGCCGUGGUGCCCGGCAGGACGUACCGGUUCAGGAUCGGCAGCAUGACCUCCCUCUCCGCCCUCAACUUCGAGAUCGAGGGCCAUCCAAUGACAGUGGUGGAGACGGACGGGCACUACGUGAAGCCGUUCGUGGUGAAGAACCUCAACAUCUAUUCUGGCGAGACAUACUCCGUGCUGAUCACGGCCGACCAGGACCCGAACCGCAACUACUGGCUGGCCUCCAACGUCGUGAGCCGCAAGCCCGGCACGCUCACCGGCACCGCCGUCCUCGCCUACUACGGCGGCCGCAGCAGCCCUCGCGAUGUGCCGCCGACGACGCCACCCACCGGCCCGGCGUGGAACGACACCACGUACCGCAUCAACCAGAGCAUCGCCACGGUGGCGCACCCGGCGCACGUGUACGCCCCGCCGCCGAGCUCCGACCGCACCAUCCUCCUCCUCAACUCGCAGAACACGAUCGACGGGCGGAUCAAGUGGGCGAUCAACAACGUCUCCUUCACGCUGCCGCACACACCCUACCUCGUCGCCCUCAAGGACAGGCUCCAGGGCACCUUCGACCCGCGCCCGCCGCCGGAGACGUACAACCACACCGCGUACGACGUGUACGGCGUGCAGCCCAACCCGAACGCGACGAGCAGCGAUGGGCUGUACCGGCUGGCGUUCGGCUCCGUGGUGGACGUGGUGCUGCAGAACGCCAACAUGCUCGCGCCGAACAACAGCGAGACGCACCCGUGGCACCUCCACGGGCAUGACUUCUGGGUGCUCGGCUAUGGCGUGGGGAGGUUCGACCCGGCGGUGCACCCGGCGACCUAUAACCUGAGGGAUCCCAUCCUGAAGAACACGGUGGCGGUGCACCCCUACGGGUGGACGGCGCUGCGUUGGAGGGCGGACAACCCCGGAGUGUGGGCGUUCCACUGCCACAUCGAGGCGCACUUCUUCAUGGGCAUGGGCAUCGUCUUCGAGGAGGGGGUUGAGCGCGUCGGCAAGCUGCCAGAGGAGAUCAUGGGAUGCGGCAGCAGCAAGGGCGGUCGCCAUUGAUUAGUUUUCAAACCAUACAUAUAUAUAGCGCAAGAUCGCGCUACAGGGUUGGAGCGCAACCCUCUCCGCUCUCCGGGCGCUCAUCUCUUCACCCGGUUCCUCUUUCUCAGGUCAGAUGCCACGUCCUCAAUCUCACAAUUCUUUGUCAACCCACCUCUUCAAUCUCCAGUGCGAAAUUAUUUAUCUGACCCUUGUCAGAAAUUUCAACUGAAAAUGAUCUCUUCUCGAAAUAAAUUUGACUCAAUGCACUACAUCAGAGCGUUGGGUUACACAUCUCAUGCAAUAGGUUAAGGUGCUGAAGUGCCAACGACCGGGCAUGCAUCCGACGUGGAUGGGCUAGAGGUAAUCGGCCCAGGUCAGUGAGUUCAGCCUAUCCACGUCAGCAGAUCGGCGUGCCUAGUCGUCCUGGCAGCUCAACGCCUUUACCAGGGGGUGAGUAGUUUUACCUCAAUGUCCUGAAGUUGGGCGUCGACCAAGAGUCGUAUCAAAAUUACUUUCCAAAAGAUGUUAUUUUCUGCUGAACUUUCUGGCAAUGGUCAGAAUUGCCAAUUCUCAUUCAAUCUUUUCCCAUGUCAUUGCCGAGAAACUUGGCUGCCGCCUUUUCUCCUUCUCAUACCCCAGCGGUAGGCUCUCCUUACAAGCCAGACAUCACACUAACUGUUUGAUUCACCUUUUCCACCCCCAACAUCGUUGGCGGUGGUCACAAUGUCACCGAUGGCUGCCUUAGGUCUCGGGGCACCAUUUCUUCCUAAUCUUGGUCUUCAUCGAAGACCACGGGAACAUUCAUUGCAUGUUGGGUGCUAUGUGCCACCUUACCAUCAUCAAUCACCACUGAACCAUUCGCCCACCUCCUCAUCGGCCUCAAUGGUCAAAGGGGGACACCCAUAAACCACUCUUUGUCUUCAUGUUUUCUCUUCUUCUUCAUGUUUUCUUCUUUAUCUGCUCUCUCCAUCGCUUAGCUCUCCUUCAUGACAACUACAAAAGGUUCUACCUAACUCGGAAAGUUCGGAGAGUGGGAAAUUUGUUUAAUAAUUUGAAUAAAUACAUGGUUUCCAUGUUGUAUGCGUUGUAAGUUUAUAUCUGAGUUUAUCAUUACCUCAAAGGCGCACACGGUAACUUGUAUCAUGCAAUAUGUAGUAUUUGUAAUGGGUUCACUAGUAUCAAUGUACAUCUCGCAUGCAUGUUGUACUAUGCAUAAAAGUACACAUCACUUUUUACUGUGAGGAAACUGUUGUUUAUGUAUCUGGUUUGCUAUUUUCAAAGAUAAGUAGAAAUUUUUAUCUAUCUAUUUUGUAAGACUGCUUCUCCAUGUAUGUCCUAGUGUUGUUUCUCCCAUCAAUGAAGGAAAAUCUGCAUUUUGUGAUACCCUGCCAAUUUUGUCUGGCAAGAUUA